CUUUUAAGCAUAGAGUUACUAUUCUGGGUACUUAUUAACUCCAUGCUUUUAAGAAAGUCACUGCAUAGACUAUACUUAGUCUGCUUGUAUGGUAAACUAUAUUUUUCUUUCGCCGCUACAUUAAUUUUAUGAAAUUAAUUCAUAGUAGAAAUUGUACUUUUCUAAAUUAAAUAAAACUUAAAAUGUUCAGGAACCAGUACGAUAGCGACGUCACAGUAUGGAGUCCUCAAGGCCGUCUCCAUCAAGUGGAGUAUGCAAUGGAAGCUGUGAAACUUGGUUCUGCAACCAUUGGUCUGAAGAAUAAGGACUAUGCGGUGUUGAUAGCGUUGAAACGCGCUGUGAGCGAAUUGUCCGCAUAUCAGAAGAAAAUUAUUCCUAUUGAUGAACAUAUUGGAAUUUCUAUAUCAGGUCUUACUGCAGAUGCUCGUAUGCUGAGUCGCUACAUGCGCACAGAGUGUCUCAAUCACCGAUAUUCUCAUGAUGCUCCAAUGCCCGUUGGACGUCUCAUCUCGUCAGUUGGUAACAAAAUGCAGAUUUGUACCCAGAGAUACGACAAGCGACCCUUGGGUGUGGGCUUGUUGGUUGCUGGUUAUGAUGACCAAGGACCUCAUAUUUACCAGACUUGUCCAUCAGCCAACUACUUUGAUUGUCGUGCGAUGGCAAUCGGAGCACGUUCGCAGUCAGCGCGUACUUAUCUUGAGAAGCAUCUCAAUACAUUCAUGGAUUGUGACCUUCAAGAGCUAGUAGCUCACGGUCUUAGAGCCCUACGGGAUACGCUGCCAAAUGAAGUUGAUCUAAACACAAAGAAUGUUUCUAUAUGUAUCGUCGGUCCCAAGACUCCGUUGCGUAUAUGCGACGAGGAAGAGUUAUCUCGACUGUUAGCUCUGGUCGAGGGUGAAGAGAGACGCGGCGGCACCGCGACCGGCGACGCGGGCGCUCCGGGAGGCGCCGCCCCGCGCGACCAGGGGGACGACCGGGACCCACAAGCGGCGGUGGCAAUGGAAACGGAGUAACUUCAGAGCGACUCCAGAGCUCCGCAGAUGACGGUGUGAACACGGAUACAAUAUAUCCGGUAACAUUCAAAAAUUAUGCACGCCGGUUCACUGCGGACGUUCAUCUACCUUCUUUUGUUUUUUCUCUUAAAGGAAUGCCUUGGCCAGUGCUCGGAUUGAUUGCAAAUUUUUGACUUGAGGUAUUAUUGUAACAUAAUUAGUAACAUUGUGGUUUAUUUUCAUGAAAUAAAACAAAUAAUAGUUUAAAAAAAACUAACAAAAUACGCUAUUAUAGAAAAACCAACUAAAAAAUAGAAAAUAAAUUUUAAUAAAUUUGAAUUAAAAAUAGUGUAAGAAAAAAUGGUUUUAUUGUAAAAAAGCGUGGGUUGCUUUUCAGGAUAUUAUCAAAAUAACCCAUCUGCUCAUAUCUGUUCAUAAAAUAUUUAAAAAUUUAUUUUCUCUUUUUUAGUUGGAUUUUCUAUAAAACAGUAUAUUGUUAGUUUUUUUUAACUAUUAUUUAUUUUUCAUUUUUUAGUUGAAUUUCAACUUAUUCAAUAUAUUUUUUCCAGUUUUUUUUUAAAUAUUGAAUUGUCAGCGGUCCUUAAUAAUUAUACCAAAUUUCGAGUUAAUCCGACGUUCCGAAUGGGGUCAAAAUCAUCUUCAAAGAUUCCGUUACAAACAUACAUACGUCUGAAGCUAAUAAAAGCGUAUUAAAAAAAGGAUAAAGACAUCGUUUGACCGGUCGAAAAUUUGUCUUAAUUCAUGAAUUAGACGAAACUUCCAAAUGCCUCUUUGAUUUAAUAAGCAUGACGGCGUACCAGGACAGUUUAGCGCGUUUUGGUUUUUAAAUUUAUUUUUUUAUUGUUAGGUGUGUGGAUGAGCUCACGGCCCACCUGGUGUUAAGUGCUUACCUUACCUAUAGACAUCUAAAACGCCAACACCCACCUUGAGAUGAGUUCUCAGUAUAGUUACAACGGCUGUCCCGUCCUUUAAACCGAAACGCAUUACUGCUACACGGCAGAAAUAGGGCGGAACAUUAUAUUUGGAGAUAUUUCUCGGGAAUAGUCAAUCAGCCUAUUAAAAAUGAUUUGGAUAUUCAAUGAAUCUCAACCAAAUUUCAAAGUUCUAAUAGAAGAUGUGAUAUAAUUUCUGAAAUAGUAAUACUAGAGUUGUUUCACCCGUAAUUUUGCCUUCGAUUAAAUUUAAACAGGGAACUUUCCAGUCCUAAUUAGCAAUAUAUAUAAAAUUAUGAUUGCUGUACAUACCAUUCUUAUAAUAAUUAAUUUGAAGUUUGACAUAUUUUGGGAAAAUUAAAAUGCCUUUUGAUUGUUUCAUUUUGCUCUUUGAAUCUAGUGCAUUUUGGAAAUAUUACGUAAGUUUACGUAUUGACUAUAUUCGAUAAGCAUUUUUCAGUGGAUAAUAUAGUUUUAACUACACGCCAUUGUAACUUAAAAAAGAUUAAGUCUGUCAAAUAAACCUAAAAAAAUAAUUAUAAAAAUGAAACCACUUCUCUCAAAAACAAUUCAACGGAGCAUGACUUAAGAGAGCAUUAUUAUACUACAUUUACUCUGAAUAGAAUAUCGGAUAAUCUGAGCGACGAACAGUUUUAUUUUUCAAAUUUAUCUUUGGAAAUAGCAACGGGUAUUUGUUGACUCUCAUCUUAUAUUGAAGUGUAUUGUUGAAAAAUUGGUUUUAUUUUCUAUGAUAGUAUUAUAUAUGUUAAGAAUUCAAGCUUCACCAACAAGCAAAAAGAUUCAAGCUUCAUUUUGUCAGAAAAAAAAGCAAUCAUUUCUGGGCACUGGCCAAGGCACUCUCAUAAAGAAAAUAUGUAAUAGUUUUUUUGUCUUUCAAUUAUUUGCUGUGUAUGUAUCGGUAAAAUAAAAUAAAUGCGUCUUUAUAAA